AUGCACCCCUCUGGGGAACAUAAGAUAGCCGCAAGCAACAAGCGAGACCGUACCAGCGCUGACACCAACAGGGUGUCAGACGGCACCAGGUUCUCGCAGAUAAAUCUGCAACAUUGCAAGGCGGCAACGGACAUCCUCCAUCACCGCCUUGUGACAAGGCAGACAGAUAUAGCCCUCAUACAAGAACCUUGGAUCUCCAAGGAACGCGUAGGAGGGCUCGAUAUGAGAUGCGGCUCACUCUACUACGACGCCACAUCUACAAGACCCAGGGCCUGUAUCUUCGUCAAGAAGGAGAUAACGGCCCUGAAACUAAACGAAUACUGCACAGCGGAUAUCUCAGCGGUUAAGGUCAAACUUAACCUCGGAGGGAAUACGUCUGAGCUAGUGAUCUGCUCGGCAUACCUCCCAUAUGACUCAGAGGACCCUCCAUCCACGAGGGAACUCAGAGCCCUGAUAGGCCACUGCGCAAAUAACGGUCUGCACCUGGUGAUCGGAUGCGAUGCCAACUCGCACCAUACGGUAUGGGGCAGCACCAAUACCAAUGGCAGAGGCACAGCACUGCUAGAGUACCUCGCCACCGCGGGUCUGGAGAUCCUUAACAAAGGCUCCGCCCCCACUUUCGUCACCUCCCGCAAAACAGGAGGCGACAGGGAAGGCGGCACUGGAGAAGCGUACAGAAACCCAAAGGCCACCAACUGGGCACUCUAUAGAGAGGGCCUGGAAGGGAGGCUUAAGGGGCACUGUCAGCGUCCCAGGACCGUAGGCGAAAUUGAGCAAGCGGUGAAGCACUUAAGCUCCGCCGUUACUCAAGCCUACGAAGCCGCCUGCCCCGCCAAAAUUGUAAGCAGUAGCAAAAGGGUCCCCUGGUGGAACAAGAAAUUGGACCAAGCCAGGAAGGACACCCGAAGACUACUGAACAAAGCCAUGAAGGCAAACACGAAGCCAGCCUGGGACAGCUAUAAAACGUCCCAGCAAGCUUACAAAAAGCUAAUAAGAACCAGCAAGAGGACAGCCUGA